UCCGCGGCACCGCCCGCUCGCGCAGACCCCGAGCGUGGCCGCAGCGAAGAUGGCGACUGCCAUGUACUUGGAGCACUAUCUGGACAGCAUUGAGAACCUUCCCUGUGAACUUCAAAGGAACUUCCAGCUGAUGCGAGAGCUCGACCAGAGAACAGAAGAUAAGAAAGCCGAGAUCGACAUCCUGGCUGCAGAGUACAUUUCCACGGUGAAGACUCUGUCUUCAGAGCAGCGCGUGGCGCACCUGCAGAAGAUCCAGAGCGCCUACAGCAAGUGCAAGGAGUACAGUGAUGACAAGGUGCAGCUGGCCAUGCAGACCUACGAGAUGGUGGAUAAACACAUCCGAAGACUUGAUGCUGACCUGGCGCGCUUUGAGGCUGACCUGAAGGACAGAAUGGACGGAAGUGACUUUGAAAGCACUGGAUCACGAAGCUUGAAAAAAGGUCGGAGUCAGAAAGAAAAGAGAAGCUCCCGGGGCCGAGGCAGGAGGACAUCAGAAGAGGACACUCCAAAGAAAAAGAAGCAUAAAAGCGGGUCUGAGUUCACGGACAGCAUCCUGUCUGUGCACCCCUCUGACGUGCUGGACAUGCCUGUGGAUCCGAACGAGCCCACAUACUGCCUGUGCCACCAGGUGUCCUACGGGGAGAUGAUCGGCUGUGACAAUCCAGAUUGCCCAAUUGAGUGGUUUCACUUUGCCUGCGUGGAUCUCACCACAAAGCCCAAAGGAAAGUGGUUCUGUCCACGAUGUGUUCAGGAAAAGAGGAAGAAGAAGUAACGGAGAGGCUGUGCCAGACUGCAGAGCAAGCUAAUAUAUUUCUUCACUCAUGUUGCAAUAUUAUCUUUCAUUUUAAAACUACCUUAUUUCAACUGAUAUUUAAUAAUUCAGUGGCCAGUUAUGAUUUUGGAUGUUUCCCAAACUAGGAAGCCACUGCACCGUUUGCACAGAACAGUCUCGCAGGGACUUGCCACAGUGACUUCUCACGCAGGCUCCCCACUCCUGCAGCCUCCCAGCACUGAGAAUGUCGGAAACGUGGCCUGUGGUGAGUGUCAGUCUGGGUUGUAGGCAAAGUGCUGCGUGGUGCAGGGUGGACACAUUCUAACCUGGUGUCCUGCGCUGUUUGGGGACUAGAGGGUCAGCCUUGAGGGUCCAGGUUUUCCUGGACUGUCCCGCGGCACCCCGGAAGCACGCUGUUGCUCUGUGAGCAAAGUCUUGUCAGGCGCUGUCCCGUGCUGUGCUCUGACCCUGACCGAAGACCAGGGACUCCUGGCCAACAUACCUCGGAUGUGUCUGGAAGGGACUGGGGCUCUUCCCCGGUGGAAGCGCCCUCUGUUCCAUCGAGCACCACCUUUUCAGGGGGAACCUCCAGCCCUUCCUCCCUGGAGGGUAAGCUUCCGUUAGCCUCGGACUGUCCGUUAUCAACCAGCACCGCCCAUCUGCGGAUAAACAGCCAGGCUGAGCUUCCACCUCUCUGGGAAUUCCUAACUUUUUUUUUUUUUAACUGUGAAGAUGAAAUUAUUGUACUAGCAUGAAGGUCAUGGGUCUGUGUGUCUGUGAAGUGAGUCUGUCUACUGUGAGCUAAUUUUAGAACUCUGCUAUGUGGCAUCCCACCAGACCAGCAGCUUACAUUCAAGGGGACUACAAUUAUGUGACAUGAUUUGUGAAUCUGUAUGUCCAAUAGCAGUUCUGGAAUGAAGGUAGGGAACUAGAGUGUACUCUUUGUUUAACCAAUGUCCACAAAACCAGUGUUGAACUGUCCUUUGGAGAUAGUUGGGGGUGGGAGGGUGUAUACACAGGGCCUAUGGAGAUGCAUCUGGGGUGGCUCCUUACGUGUGACAGGAUCCUGAGAGCUUCCUUAGACUUAGAAUUCCUCUGGCAUGUUUUCCAGUGUCUCACUCACUCAGGCUCUGAGAGGUAAGAGAGCCAGUCCCUGGCCUCAGAAGAAGACCCACAGCACAGAGCUGGGCUACGCAAUUUCUCAUGUAAGGAGAGGCCAGUUUUUAUCUGACGACAGGUGCAUUGUUUUAAGAUGGUCGUGUCUAAAUAGAGAGAUUGCCCUCCCACUUUAUCCAAGGAAUGGAAACGAGGCAAGAAGGAGCUGUGUCUGCCCCACAUCAUACCAGCGUGGUCAUGUUCUACUGGACAGGGCGCCCUGCACAGCCUGUCCCAGCCAGAGAGGGAGACAGGAAUGGCUUGUGUUUGUGCUACUGAGUAAGUUGGUCCAUGUGGACCCUUCCUACGCAGCAGGUGCCAGGCAGGUGGCAGCAGCUGCUAGGCUACUGUCCAAGCUUGUCUCCAGGCUAGGAAGAGCUUUGGAAAUUCGGUUCCUGUGGCUUGAGGGGCUAGUUUUCUUCUUGGGGACCCCCUCUCAAACUCAGAUUAGAUAGACAUUUUCAUUUCUUUUUGUUGUUGUUUUUUGGUUUUGAUUUUAUUAUUAUUUUUUUCUUUGUUUUGUUUUAUU